UCACCGCCACCAGCAGCAGCGUCUCGGCUCGGGUGACUCCUCCCUCCUCAGGAGCCGCAUCGGCGGCACCAUGGUGGGGGGCGGCAGGGGGAAGUGCGGUGGUGGUGGUGCUGCUCGUGAGGGAAGAGGGAAGUGGCGGGUUGGUGCGGCUGCGGGUGAGGGCAGGGCGUGGCGGGGUGGUGCUGCUGGGAGGGGAGGGGGAGGGAAGGGGUGCUGGUAUGGGAGGGGCAGGUGCAGUGCUGGUGGUGGGAGGGGCACGAACGGGGGCGGGACGUGUGAGCGCUGCCUGAAGUCCAUGGGCCCCCUUGGCGGAGGAUAGUCCAUCGGGUGGUGUGGGGGGUACAUGAUGUGCGGGGGCCGAGUGAUGUCCAU